GCCCCGGGGUGCCGGACGCUGUGAGGCGGCGGUGGCACCGGGGAGCCGGGGAGCGGGCAGCGCUGUCGCCGCCGCCGGGGGCGUCGCCGGCCUCGGCCCCUUUGUUCUCGCGCGCGCCCCCCUCGCCGCCCACUCCCCUGCUGUCGCGCGGCGGCGGCGGCGGCGGCGGCUCCUCCCGCCCGAGGCGGUUGAGCUCGGCGCCGGGGGCGGGAGGGGGCGGGGAGCGCGCCAGCCGUGGAGAGUGGGGGGCGAUGGCGAAGCUCAGGGUGUCUUACGAGUACACGGAAGCCGAAGACAAGAGCAUCCGGCUCGGCUUGUUCCUCAUCGUCUCCGGCAUCCUGUCGCUCUUCAUCUUCGGCUUCUGCUGGCUCAGUCCCGCCUUGCAGGAUCUGCAAGCCACGGCGGCCAACUGCACGGUGCUGUCGGUGCAGCAGAUCGGCGAGGUGUUCGAGUGCACCUUCACCUGUGGCACCGACUGCAGGGGCACCUCGCAGUAUCCCUGCGUCCAGGUGUACGUGAACAACUCCGAGUCCAACUCCAGGGCGCUGCUACACAGCGACCAGCACCAGCUCCUGACCAACCCCAAGUGCUCCUAUAUCCCGCCCUGUAAGAGAGAGAACCAGAAGAACUCGGAGAGCGUCAUGAACUGGCAACAGUACUGGAAAGAUGAGAUCGGAUCCCAGCCAUUCACUUGCUAUUUUAAUCAACAUGAAAGACCAGAGGAUGUCCUCCUACAGCGCACACAUGAUGAGAUUGUGCUCCUGCACUGCUUCCUCUGGCCGGUGGUGGCGUUUGUGGUGGGUGUUCUCAUCGUGGUCCUGACCAUCUGUGCCAAGAGCCUGGCGGUCAAGGCAGAAGCCAUGAAGAAACGCAAGUUCUCUUAACGGGGAGGAGGAUUGUGGGAAGCCAAGACCAGAAGCUGCCUCAUCGGGAGCUCACCUACCCUGCAGAGCCCACAUUUUGUGGCGCAGGAGAUGGAAGGGGCCACAGAAGGCCUCCAAGAGGCCCCUCCCUCAUCGGCAGCAGAAACAGGCACAGUUGAAAGACUGGGGGACUUACUGCCUAUACUCCCUGUGCUGUAGCAAUGGCUAAAGGGUCAAACUCUUAGCUCUAUGGAGUGACUAACUGUUUGGGAAACCCUCUAAGAAGCCGGUUUUCUUUGGAAAAUAACAGUCUAUUAUUUGUAUAGUGUAGUAUACAAACCAUUAUGAUUAUUAAGUAUUAAAAGACAGUGCUCUGUGUUCUCUA